UCUCAAUGAAUGUUAUUCACUGCCAGUCAUUUAGAGUUGACAAGUCCAUUUCAAAUGAUCUUAACACAGUGAUCUCAACUCUGAACAGUACAGACUCGAUAUGCAAAAAAAUCAUAUUGUGAUUUCAGUGUGAAUGAUCAUUUUUACAUUUUCACAGAAAUUUUUUUUAAAUGAUGAUGUGAUUUUUGUUGGUCAUGUUCCUUUACGUCUGGAGAAUGUGAUUUGUAGGUCAGGGCAUCUCUGUAGCACCACAAUACUGAUGAUGCUAACAAUGCUAAUGCUAACAAUGAACAACAAUAUCACACAUUUUACCGUUGUCAAAAAAAACUGCAGCUCGUGUGAUUUGGAUUUUGAACCUGACCAUACUGAGAUGUCCAUAUUUGGAUUAAUUGUGCAGCUGUAGUUCAGACAGAUGUGAACCCUGAUGCAGAUGCAUGGUUCUCUCUCUGGAUCAGGUGGAUCCUGGCAGUUUCUCUGUGAAGUAGUUCUGUCACGAUGGACACAGCUGUUCUCCAGUGGAGCUGGAUUUAGUUUGAAAAGUUGAGUUUCUUCCCAAAACAAAGGUUGUCAUUUGCUUUACAAACCAAACACUGUCUGUCUGUUCCCCAAAGAGCAGCCUGUCAGUGUGUUACACAGUGAGGCAGCACUUCUGUCUUCUUCUGUUUAAUAGACAAUCACACAUGUUAAUCCAUGGAGUUCCAGGAGUUCAAAUACAAAGCAGGAAUUACAGUAUGAUCGUUGUUUUUCAAUGACUUACUCAUUGUCAUGUGAUACCUCUUUACAUCCGUGGAGGGAUUAUGGUCAGAGGGAAUCAGUUAUGAGUAACUGUUGAAUCACGAUGUGCAGGGAAAGACUUGAACUUGAACUCUUUCCUCAGACUCUUUCAGACCCUCAGGGCAGAGAAACAAGAGGAUCUUUAAAAAAAAAAGUAGUGAUGUAACAGGACGGCUUCAGAGGAAGAGGGAAAGUGUUCUGGUAAUACUUUCUGGAGGUUGUAUCCCUGUGUAUUAAUCUGAACAUGGGCUACACAGGUGAAAAAUAAAACAUCAUUUAUACACUUCUAACAUUACAUUUACAAGCACAUGGUUGUGUAAUGAAUCAGUGGUUGGUAUGUUUUAUCCCUUUUACUACAAAUAUCACAUUCAUCACAAUUAACCAUUUGUUUAAUAAAUCUUAAUGCAUUUUCUACCUUUACCAGCAUGUAUUAUUUUUUAUUCCUCUGAAAUAAACUAUAAACUUACAACACAGUGAAGAUCAGUCCAAGUGAACGAUUGUGCCAAAUCUGAAGGGAUUCCCCUGAGGAGUUCAUGAUAUUGAGUUCACAAGGCCAAAAUCAUGUUUUUAUGAAGUCAUCCUGACAUUGACCUUUGACCUUUAGCCACCAAAAUCUACUUAGUUUGAGCUUGACUCCAGGUGAACAUUUUUGCCAAAUUUGAAGAAAUUCCUUCAAGGCGUUACAGAGAGAUCACGUUCACAAGGCCAAAACCGUGUUAUGUUAGGUCACCAUGCCCUUGACCUUUGACCCCCAAUAUCUAAUGAGUUCAUCCUUGAGUCCUAGUGAAUGUUUGUGCCAAAUUUGAAGAAGUUCCAUCAAGGUGUUACUUAUAGAUGGACAAUAUGAAAACAACAUAUUAUAAUAGAAAUGAAUGGAAGAUAAUGGCUGCUGUUUCAUACCUGUAUAUAUUACAUAUAAAAAUGUGAAGUGUCCACAAUCUGUAACUACAUCCCUCUCUGCAGCUUACUGAUGCAUCAUACUCCUGCUAACAACAACAGCUAACUGACUGAACAUGAAUGUGCAUGAAUUCCCUCCCGAUCUGUCAGUCUAUUAAACCCAGCUCUGUUCACCUUUGCAUUUAAAGAAAACUCUACAGACUGAAACGAUGUCAAAUGUCAGACGUUUCCUCAUCAUCUGAACUGGGACACUUCUUAAAAUACUGCACUCCAGAGAGAAAUGUUCCAGAACAUUCAGUCUGCAUCACUCUCAGGUUUCCUUCCUGCUUUCACACAUCCAACUUUAUUAUCAUUAUUUCUGUCUGACGCUCGGCUGUGUGAGAAGAAGCUUCACACUGUUUAAAAUAACUUCCAUCUGUCCUCAGAUCGUCUUAAUGCAGGGCUGACGGAGCAGUAGCUUCUCUGGGAACAGAGGUCUGCUGUUUUAUCACUUUUUUAUUUACUUAUUUAUUUUCAGCCACUAAGACUUAGUAUUCCUUUGUGUCCUGCUCAUAUCCACCCUGUCAUAUUAUUUAUUAUUAUGUCAGGCGUUUUGUGGUGACGUGGCAAGAGCCAAUCAGCACCAUGGAGAGCUGCUGCACCCAUCCGUUGUCAUGGGCAACGCCCCGGUAGUAGUCUUGCACGUCAUUUAUAUUACAUUUUUUAAUGAACAAAAAAUAAAUAUAUAAUUAUCCAUGAGAGGUUUGUGUAUGUUGUUGUAUAUCUCGUGUGUUUGUGCAGGUGUUGGUCUUCAGUUCUGACUGACUCGAGGCUGUUUGUGGUCCUCUCCUCCGAUUGGCUGAGCAACUUCGACGCUGUUGGAAAAGCUGGCGCGACCCGCGCUAAUAGCCACCUAAUGGCUCUUGUCUGUCGCAUAGCAACCUCGUUGUUUUGACCGCCGGUUCAGAGGCAGCUCAUUGGUUCACGGUACAACAAUAAAAUGAAGCCUGUCAGACAGAGUGAAAAAGCUGUGAGCUGAUAGUCAUAUCUGAUUUAAACCCUGUCGUGAUUACGUCGCUCAUUCUGCCGCUAUCUCAGCGUCUACGCACAUUUUCUGCGUAAACGCCGCUGUCCUGUCUUUUGUUCCUCAUUCAUGGAGCGACGUCACAAUCUGAAGAUGUGUCAACGUGAACUGUAACCCUCCGCCGAGGAGGGACUGGCCCUUUAAGGCUUCUGUAGCGCUGCUAGCCGAUGUAGGACGAGCCGACAGUGAGUCUGCUGCCUGCGCUCCCGCCGCUCUCCCCGUCAUGGCCUCCACUCAGCCGCCGCCGACACCACCGAGGAUGAACCGACCAGACAGCGGCCCUUCCCUUCCCGGAGCGGAGACGGACGUCAAGCCGAAGCAGAGGCACCGGUAGAGGCGAGCCGCGCCGGGGAGAGCCGCCUCACAUCCCCAUGCCACCCCGGUCUCCUCCAUGCCUUCGUCUAGAGCCAAGUACAGCAAUUCGAUAAAGAGGGGCGCGAGCCCGGGCGGCGGCGGCAGCGGCGGCGGCGGAAACAUGACAACGAACCGGGAUUAUUCCGUGAAUCUGUCGGUGCAGCAGGUGCUGAGCCUUUGGGUGCAGGGCACGACGCUGCAGCACUUCACAGAGAUGUGGUACUGGGUGUUCCUGUGGUGUCUAUUCUCCUCCCUCUUCGUCCACGGGGCCGUGGGGCUGCUCAUGUUGGUGAUGCUGCAGCGCCACAAGAGAGGCCGCCUCAUCACCCUGGUCCUGGUCAGCGUGGGGUUCCUGGCCUCGCUCUGCGGAGGCGUCAUCACCAGUGCGGCGGUGGCGGGGGUUUACCGUGUGGCGGGGAAGGACAUGGCUCCUCUGGAGGCUCUGGUGCUCGGCGUGGGACAGACCUCUCUCUCUGUCGUCAUUUCCUUCUCUCGGAUCCUAGCCACUCUGUGAACGACAGACGCCGAGAGGAAAGCCGACCAAUCAGAGAAUUAGGCGCUCCUGGAGGCCGGCGUGUAGACAGAGAGGAGGCAGAGACGCUCUGGACCUUUAGGGCUGGACUCAGGACAGAGCGCCCCCCGGUGUCUCUGUUCUGUUACUGCCACAGUCACAUUGAACUCAGGCAGGUGAGCUUGAUGCUGCAGAGCAGGUGGAGAUGAACGUCCUCAGCUUCUCGACCUGGAGCCAUGUAUCAGUUCUUUGUGCCAACGGCGUCUGAGGAUGCCACGACGCCUUCGAGGAAACGGACUCAUGAAAAAACCUUUUUUUAAAAAGAAACAGUGACGAGCUGCAAUCAUGAUCAGUGAUCAGCUGAGCAGAGAGGGACAAGCCAACAGUGUUCAUCAGCAAACACACCUUCAUCAUCAGCCUCUUCAUCAUCAUCAUCAUUCCUGUAACUUCAACAGCUUCAAAGCUGCAGCCUCUAGAUCACGAGCAACAAGCAGCUUUGACCUCUGCACUUUGUCGAUGUGGGAGAAGAGGGAGAUAAGAAUCAGCGGGGGAGAAAACCAGCAUCAGUCCAGUUCAAAUGUUGAUUCAGUGCCAACCAGACCUCACAGUGAGGCAUUCUGGGAAAUAUGAUCAUUCACUUGAUUGAUUGAUUGAUUGAUUGAUUGAUUGAUUGAUUGAUACCACUCUCAUGUCUGUACAGUGAAUAAGAGGCGGGAACCAGGAGGCAGUUGGCUUAGCUGCCCCACACCAGAGAGGGGGUGAAGUUGUCAUGCACAGUCAGUGUUACCUGCAGUAGAUUCAGCAGCAGGAGCACAGGUACACUAGCAGCUGCUGUGGGCGGGGCCUAAAAGACACCCACUGAAACAAUCUAACAUCUGUUUAAAUGAAGCAUCAUGUAGAAUAUCUUCAUCUUUAUCUUCCCAUGAGCACAAAGUUCAGCUCCUUCUUCUUCAGUCAGCUGACCUGCAGCGUGAUGCAGGAACACAUUUACAUAUAACACAUAUUAAACAAACCAGAUUCAGAUCUUUACAUUUGUUCAUCUGGAGCCACAAACACUGACACAAAUAUUUAAUUAAUUAUGCAGAUUAUAGAUUAUAUAUAGUAGAUUACAUUAAUUAUUAUUUUUUUUUUAUUGUUUUAUUUUUUUUAUAAUAAUAAUCAUUAUAUAAUUGAUUAACAGAGUGAUCGUUGCAGGUCUGAAGUUUAAAACUAAAGCUAAACUAGCGCCAGCUUCAUUCACACUGUGCAGACAUGAAUAUGCUUCAGUCCUUCACCCCCCCCCCCGACUUGUUAACCCAUGUUCCUUAACUUGAACUCUGCUUAUUGCACUGAGUGAAUCUUGUUUUAACAGUGUGAUGAUGAUGUCACUCAGUUUGACUCUGAUCAAUCUGAUUGAUCAGUUUGACUCUGAUCAGUCAGAUCGUUGUAUUGGGGGUCAAACAUGAAGAAAGUUGUUGAAGCUACUGGUUUAAGUUUUUCACUGAUCAGAAACAGGAAGUUUAAUAAUCAACCCCCCCCACCCCCCACCCCCCCUCGGUCCACAGCUCCAGACCCAGGUGGUUGUGAUACCAAAGUACCGCUCACAUUCAGCUUUAUUUAUCAGUGAAUUAUUGAUUGAUUUCACAGAAAUAUUUGCACAUCAGCUGGAAUCAAGCGCCGAGAGAGAGAGAGCGAGAGAGAGAGUGUGUUUGUGUGUGUGUGUGUGUGUGUGUGUGUGUGUGUGUGUGUGUGUGUGUGUGUGUGUGUGUGUGUGUGUGUGUGUGUGUGUGUGUGUGUGUGUGUGUUGGAGGCUCUGAAACAGUGUGUUCAUGAGUUAUAUAAGUGACUGUGUGUGACCUUCAGUUCCAGCUCAGCACACAGGGGGGCGCUGUUCCACAGAGGGGGGGCUGAGAUGAUGCUGGAUGUUUCUGUCAGAACUAAAGUGUGAAAUUUAUAAUAUCAGUGAAAUGAGACGUCGUCACUCGGGGGGGGGGGGGGGGGGUCAUAUUUACAUGAACCCCAGAUCGUCAAACAGGCGGGGGACCUAAUUGUAGGUAACACCGUUGAGAGGAAGUCGUAACAGCAGAGCUAUGUCUGACAUCAGGAGCAGGAAGUUGUUUGAUUGCAGAUGACUCAGCAGGAGGAGCUGGGCUGAGGUCAGAGGUCACUUCCUGUACAUCCACAGCUGUAUAUAACCAGUGUCACAAUAAAAGCCUAACCUCCAGCUGAUCUGAACAAACUAACCACUGGACAGUAUUUUGAUAUUCACACCCAGUGCCAUUGUGUGUGUGUGUGUGUGUGUGUGUGAGUGUGUGUGUGUGUGUGUGUGUGUGUGUGUGUGUGUGUGUGUGUGUGUGUGUGUGUGUGUGUGUGUGUGUGUGUGUGUGUAUAAUAAACCCUGUAGACUUUAAAAUGCCAUCACUGCAGCUCAAUAAUCCUGUCUCCUUCAUAGGCUUAGAACCCCCCCCCCCCCCCAGUCCACUGUUGUCCAAAUGCCACAUGCCCCCCACCCCCACCCGGACACAGACUGUCCUCGCUGUGAUGUGAUGCAUGUGGAGCUCAGAUCCUGUGUGAAUGGACUUUAUGGACAGUCUGAAGACGAUGGACAGACCUGAGGUGGCUCCUUGUAGAAAAUGUACCAUAAGUUGUUUUUUAAUUUUGUACCAGCUGAUAUUUAUAAUUCUGAUAUUUAUGUACAAACGGUCUCUGUAGAGAAAUAAAACCUUUCACAAUAAAAGCUCA